UUGUUGUUGACAAGAGAUGAUUACGAGAUUCAGAAUCUGUGUGUUAACAACUUGCGACUUAUCAUCGAUGCUGCUGAGCUUUCCGUGUCAGCGUUGGACCCAAACGCUGCUACUGAAAGCGAGUGUCAAUACAAAGGUCAAGAAGGCGGUAGAUCGGGAAAGCUUGAAGUUGGCAAGUCGAUCGUCUAUGCUUCGCUCGAAGUCAUUCUCUGCUUGUUAACCAAACAGAUUCCGCAAAUCAAUCCGCUAAUGUUCAAGAAUAAAAGCAAGGCUCACUGGAAUUGUUUCCGAAUGGUGUCGAAAGAUUCUUCCACUUUGGUGGAAGCCUCGCUGACGUGUCUCUUGCAUCUUCCUCGACUCUGUUCCCCUGAAGGGCAAUUGGUCGUUCUGCCGAUCAUCGUCUACUUGUUGAUUAACGUUUUACGGGAAUCGUCUAAAAUCGAAAAGCUCCAUUUUACUUCGGCACCAUCGUUUUCCAAGAACCUUUCUUCACCGGCCACCGUAUCGCUACAGGCGCUCAAGAGCAUAGUAAAGUCGCCCGUCUACGAGCCCAACUGUAACGGUGAACUCAGUCAUCGAUGGAAGAAAAUGAUCCAGUGCGCGUUUUCCUCUGUCCUGGCCUUCAGAACUUUUGCUUCGGAGGAAUGGCAGAUUGAUCAUUCGGUGAUCGUUCUAGCCGUGGCAGUUUUCCUUCUCAGUGCCCCAAAACCGGUUCUAAAUAACUCGUUCUUGAUUGUUUCCAGUAUUGAGCUUUUCCAGGACUGUCUCCGUAAUCCAAACUUGGUGGUGCAGCAGAAGUGCCUUAGAACCUUGCAGUCUUUGUUCGUUCAGAAGGAGAUGCCCGGAUCGGUCCGGCUUAUUCAGUCCCUUACGGUACCUGUCGUUGAGAAGCUGAAGAUACCUACUUCACUUUUGCGCGACAGUUCGGCUGAAUCGGCACUUCAACUGGCGGUGAUCACGGAGGCGGAAAAAGUUCUAGAAGCUUUGCUGACGGUUUUAGUUGAAGAAUACAGAACUACUUUUCUUGCACUUAUCAUGCAGUUGUUAGCGUUGUUUUUGCUCAAAAACCCUUCUGGCCUAAAACCAUCAGAUCCGAAAAAACAGCUGCACGAUCUGGCGCUGCAGCGGUUGAACUCCCUCAGUGCCAUCUACACCGAUGAGUUCAGGCACUUGCUGAAGGAGCUUCCCGAAGUGAAAGAUCGUUUAGAAUUAGCCAUGAAAAAGGAUGCGGCCAUCAGCAACCAGUUGAACGCGGCUUAUGUUCAAAAUAUUGCCAAUGCAGAAGCGGCCGGCUCAGUUGCACCUUCAAUAACGUUGACUAUGGAUUUCAGCAGCUUUAUGAAAAACUGA